GAUAUAAGGAGUGUGAUAUUAUCAUCGAUGUAAAUUUUCUCAAAGUGUAACGCUAUAUGUGUGCAUUUUGCCAAGUGCUCAUUUGGCGCAAUGCACAUUUUGCGUCACACCCGGUGUGAGGUGGGAUUGAAAAAAAAAAAAAAAACUCAAUUAAUAUAAGGAUGUUGUUUUUAUAUGUGAACAGUUUCGUCGAGUUUUGGGCUAUAAGAUUCGUGUCCUUUUUGUGUGUUUGAAAUUAGCCAGAUACAUUGUGGUUCAUUUUUAUCAUUUUUCAUUGUGUCACAUUUCCCAUGUGAGGCGGAGCGGACGCAGUAGACGAACCUAUACCAGUCGUUGUCAUACAUGAUGCAUGUAAUAUACUUGAAAUUCUGCUGUGUAUAGUGAGACGUUCUAGAUAUUUUUGAGAACGCACUUGCUGUGCAUUCUCAAUUCCGUUCGUUCAGAAAUUACCGUGAAAAUUCGUAAAAUUCUCGAGAAAUUUCUUAUGAGAAUUUCCUCAUAAAAUAUCUGGAAUUUCGUUUUCGUUUCAAAGAAUGGAUUGUCGAGAACCUAGAGAAUUUCUCGGCGGUGCGUCCGUACUUGUGUCGUCUGUCAUCUCGUAGAUGUCCAUGUCAUUAUUGUAUUCGUGUCGGUUAUUGUGUUGUCUGAGCGUAGAUAAUCGCGACUGAGCCCGCGGGAAAAAUCUUACCGUGUUUUUCAUACAACUUUGAGCGAGGACUCAUUGCUCCGUAGCGCUUCGACAUCGGGUUAACGCAGUAUUGUAUGGCACAAAUGAAGUGCGUCAAUGUCAUACCUUUGUAAAACGACGGAGCGGCAACGCUCUGCGUCGACGCAACAAAUUGCAACGGAGAAGUGAGGCCGCGCUCUUAUUUAUUCACAUUAUUGGCAGGUAAUAUCUAUCCUCUUUAUAUACAACCAAAUAUACAUACAUCUAUUACAUAUCCGUACGUUUGCAAGUAUUUAUAUGUAUUGAUUUUGUAUUAGCAUAUUUUAUUGAUUUUAUCGUGUAAUUAAGCAAGCAGUUGUUUUACCACAUUCAUUUGUGUAUUCUGGGUCCUUUUUUGGAAUUAAAAGUGACUGUAUAUCUCAGCUUCGCGAAGCUACUCUCCCUCGAUCCACGCUAUCCUAAUGACUAAUUGACUGGCUACAAUAAAAUGCACUAAUAUUUUCAACUAAUGAAACAUGAUAAUAAAAUGUCCAAUUAUUUAUUUGAUCGAUUUUAUUAAUUCCAUCAUUUAUUUUUUUUAUUUAAUCUUUUACAAUAUUUUUUUCCAAUUGGUAAUUCUGCGCGGUCAAGAUUUUGCUGACAAAACACAUUCCCCGACUUACUUUGACGGGAACAAAAACCAAUUACAAUAAAGCAUAUGCUUUAUUUUAUCCGAUCAAUUAGCAAAUGUUAAUUAAAUCCCUACAAAAUAACAAUGCUUUCAUUACCCCGCCUCUCGCACAGGUACUAACGAAGCUAGACUCCCGAGCGAAGCGUUAACAUUCAACAAGAAAACAAAACAUGAAUAUAACCGCAUCGCUAAUUUCGAUAAAGUCCUACAAAUUUACGAAAGACAUACUAAUGAUAAUAUAAAUAAUGAUGUCGAGAAGAAAGAUCCAAAAUGCAAAGUCAGCCUUAACAAUAGGAUGUCUAAUCAACAAGUUAAUGUUGAGUCUUUGGAGAUGGCCGGUAACGCGAGUAGCCGGUCCAGUCUUCGUUCUAUCGCGUCGUUGGAAUGGGACGGCAGAUGCAAGUCCGAAUACGUCUUCCGCACUCGCUCUUUGCCCCGCCAAAAGGCAAAUAGCACUCAAAAUUUGUACAGGACAAGAUCGCAUAGCGGCUUUGUCAAUAGUUAUAUAAAAAAUCCCGAUCCCACGCAUUACCAUUUGCCCAGGUGCCGGAGCUGUGGUACUAUCAAUAAUUCUUACGUUUGGGAACUCACUAGGGAAAGUUUGGGUAAAAUUCGAAUGCCAAAUUCAAUGUAUUUCUCUGUAGAUAACAUUCAACAGAAGUGUAUCGAUGAAGGAUUGUUUGAGCCCAAUUUGAUCAAAGUUAAAGAGAAAGUGUUGCCUGUUUACAAAAUCGUGAAACAGGAAGCGGAGUUUGUGGAGAGUCAGGAAUUUAACGAAGACAAUUAUUUAGGUGAUCUAGGAAAUAGCUUUUCUUCCGAAAACCAAACAGUUAUUGAACAAGCGAACGCUAAAAAUGUUUGUGUAAGUCCUAAAAGUGAAAUCGUGCAAGUACAAGAAAGUGAGAUUCGACACAGAGAAGUUCCAGUAGUGAAUACUGAUGAUAUAAACAAUAAUACAAUAGAGUCUACAGAAGGAGAAUAUCAUAGCUUUACAGAUGAAAUGGAUUUUGAAGAUGCUACGUAUAAUAGUCCUGUUAAAGAACUUGUUGAGAAAGAUAUAAGGGAUUAUUCUGUACCGAUAAAAUAUUAUUGCGAUGACUAUAAAAAAUCUUGUAGCCCCCAAAAGUCUCCUCAAAAGUUUUGUGAGAAUACUUCUAAAGCUACAAUCCUUGAACCCAUUUUAGAGGAGUCUAAAACUUCUGAUGAUUUGAAUGUUGAUAAUAAAAGCAAGGAAAGCUCUUUUGAGCCAGACGUAACUGGAAAUGAAAUAUCAAAGGAAAUUGAUGAAGAUGAUAAAGCUGAUAUAAAUGAAGAAAAUAACGAUAUGAUUUCGUCAGUGACAUCAGAUGAAAAGGAAAAAUGCAAUCUUGAGAAGGAAAUACAUGAAUAUGAGCAAACUGUGACAAAAAAUUUUGAGUUCAUUAACAAACAGUAUAAUUCAUUAAUUGAAUCGAAAUCUACAGACAGCAUGGAUACCGACAGCCUAAUAGUUAAAGCAAGUCUUGUUGCAAAGCCUUUAGAAAUUAGUGAUAUUGUGAGAAUAAGUGUUGUGAGUAAUACAAGUUCAGCUGUUGAAGCUACCAGUUUCAAUUCUACAGUUGAAUUCGAGAUUUACGAACUAAUUUCGGAUAUUGUUAGUUCACUUCUAAACAAAAUUGAUUUUGAAAAUGAUUCUGUUCAUUUUUUCCAUAAUUUUGCUCAGGGACAUUUUAAGACGAACUGUGAAGUUGAUAACAAGAAUAAUAACAGUAUUGACCCAAAGUUGAAUGAUGUUUAUGAUAUUAAAAGUGAUUUAGUUUUAACACAAAAAUAUUUGGAAGAUAAAUUUAUAGCAAAAUCUGUAACUACGGAUGAAAUUGAAUGCAAUGAGGAGAUAUUAUCAUACGAUGCAGGUUUUGCUGACAAGGGUGAAGUAUCAGAAAAUUCAAAAUUAGGCGUAACGAUUGUGGUACCCAUUAUAAAUUAUGAAUUAAGCAUAUCUUCUGAAGAAAAAAUUACUGAAGACAGCAACAAGAAUGAAAAUAUCUCUGAGGCCUUGAAUAUUAGUAAUCAAGAUUUUUUUUCAAUAAAACAGAUCAUUGAAGAAUUGGAAACGAAUGUAAAUUUGAAUGAAACUGUUUUAACUGAAGUGAGUGAAAGCGAAAAUCAGACUAACAAAAUAAUACAACCAAUAUUGUAUCACGUUUUUGAUAGAGCUUAUGGCAUGUGUUCAGAUAGAUUUAAGAAAUCAACAGCAAAGAAAACAAAACGAGUAGUCACUGUAGUAGACAGCGAAGAUAUUUUAGCUACUGCCCAAAGUCUGUGGUCCAAUUUAGAAGUAAAAUCAGAAAUAAAAAGUAUUGUGGAACUUAAUUGCGAUUUAAAAGAUUUAAAUAAUGCACAUGAACAAACAAAUUUUGAAGAGAAUUUUAUGAUUACGGAAACUUGUUUCGAUGAUAAUACGCCUGACAAUUGUGAAACUUAUGAACUGAAACAUAAAGCUGAGAAUACUUUCGAUGAGUCAACUAAAAUAUGUGAUCCGCUAUCACACGAUACCGUUGAUAUGAAAAAUGAAUCUCAAUUCGAAGAACCAGGCGUCGAAGACAUUGUGAAUAUAUGCGAAGAAAUGUCCUUUAACGAGAACUAUGCAUACGAAACACAAAUUUCAAAUGAUAAUGUCGAUCUCAAUGAUUCAAGUCACAACAAAACUAUAUAUGAUUUCAGUGAAACAACGUACGAUAUAGCUGAAAAUUUUGAAGAAAACACCGAACAGAAGACAGAGGAUGAGAUAAUAUUGAAUGAAACCUUCAUUCUAGAUGAUAAAGACGAACACAUGAACACAGCUUUUGUUGAUAGUGUAGACAGUAAUCAAAAUUCGAAGAUAGUUUUCGAUUGCAAUGAAUCACCAAUCAAAAAAUCUGUAGCCAAUUUUGUUGGUGAAGAAUUAAGCGUUUUGUAUGAAAAGGAUGAUACAUUGAUGGGUUCCCCGUUUGUGAAAAAAGCGGCAGUUAUAACAAUGGAACAGAUAGAAAGUACAGGCGGCGUGAAAUAUUGGUUAUCCUUCGAUGAAAAUGUCGAACAAGAUGUAAAACCUGUUGCCAGAACUGCUAAAAGAAUGGAUGAUACAUUACCCAGUUUCGUUUGCUUUGAUUUCGACGAAAGUAAAUUAGAUACAGAGGCUAAAGAAGCAUAUUUUGAAGAGAAAAGACGAUCGGGCGUUUUGGACAAUAUCAGCUUUGGAAUGAAUACUUCAAGUGUGUCUUUAGAAUAUAAAACGUGUGAAUCGGAAAUUUUCGAUUCUAAAAAUGAGUUGGACGAACCACAAAAGAAAUUGUUAUAUGAUAAUAGACUCGACAAGUCCAAGACUCGACUGUACUCGAGUUGGCCUCCGUUUGAAGAUACACUGUUUUAUAGGAUAAUAUCGCAAUUCAGAAUGUCUGAGAGUUUUGAUCCUAACGAUUUUAAUGGUCUUACAAUGAAUGAUUACCCUUUCAAAGAAGACCUGAAAGCGUGUGGCGAUGGAGAUAAUUUAUAAGCGACAUAUCAAUUAAUAGGUGAAUAACAGAUUUUCGAACCAAAACGAACUUUAACUUGAACUUUAAAGUCAUGUCAUUUUACUUUUUUGUUUACUUUCUAAAUGUUUUUUCUAUACAAACUUCUUUGUUCGUACAAAACAAAAUCUAACAAUCGUAGGUCCAAUAAUUUCAAUACAGUUAGGCAAUAAUGAUCCGUAAUUUUAAUAAACAAAUGAGAUUUUUAUCGAAAUUGCUUUGCGGUAAAAAAAAUAUCAUUGCAUGAUGUUUUAAAAUAUCAGCAUGUUUAUUUUGAAGCUCAAUUCGGUAAUUCUUAUCUGUUAGCGUUUUAAUAGUAAAAAUUAAAUUAUUCCUAAGAUUAUUCGUGUUAUAGUAACUGUUUAUUGGACUUCGAAAUAAACGUGUUUUUUUUAUAUAUUUGUAAUGGUGUGAAGCUUGGAUUUGUGUCUGUCUGUAUUGUGAGUGUUAUAUACGCCAUAAUAUAUAGCAUAUAUAUAUGGCGAUGAUGCCCUAUUUCGACUUCCAUAUACUCGUAUAUGUGCAGGCGACUAGAUUGGCAUUGUGUGAAUGUAUAAACAUAAAUGCAUGCAUUUCAAUAUUGUGUCGUGUGAUUUUAUAUGCUAUAUAUUAAUGAAUAGAGAUUUGUCUUUGUAUUCCGUCAAAUCCUUAUUAAAUUUUAGGAAUUUUUCAUUAUUUUUUGCAAAUGUAAUAAAUCUUGUGCAAAUAUGUUUUGUUUUAUUGUUUAAGAGAACUAUACAAUUGAUAAAAAUAUAUAGAACAUCAGAGGACGAAGUGCGAGUUUGCAUUUUCACUUCUCACCAUCGAAUCGAUUCGAAGUGUGACGCAGCGAACCAAUGACAUUGCAGUGUGGUUGUCGUUGCGUCACAAUGGUGCAAUGUGAUUGGUUAGCUGUGUCUCAUUUCGAAUCGAUUCGAUGGUGAGAAGCGAAAUGCUAUGCACUUCGCCCGCUGAGCUUUGAUACGAAUAAGGAGUAUUAGUGUGAUAAACGCCCAAUUAAAAUGUAAACAGCGUAUUUUGACAUUGAGUUCCAAAUCGUGUUAAAUGACAUUGGCUUGUGUCCAUGGCUUGCGUGAAUGCUGCCAUCUACGCUGAGCAUUGCGUAAUAUUUAUUUUAUUAUUUUCUAUCACAAUAACUUAGGUAAAAAUACUCAUUUAUGUUUUUAAAUUACGAUUCAUGAAAAAAGAAAAAAAAUCUUUUGGUUAAAUUAAAAAAUAUAUUGUUUAAAAUAUUUAUCCUGGCUGUGGGCUAAUGUAACAUACCUAAUUUUGUAAAAAAAAAAAAACGCUACAAAUUACACAUGCCUUGUUAUAUUAGUUAACUAUUGAGUUAUAUGUUUUGGGUUUCUUUUUGCUUUGCACUGGCAUGUUAGCUUUCGGCUGGUUCCGAGAGAGGAGUUCCGUUCUACUAACGACUAAUGGUGAGUUCACGGCACGGGUUUAUAGCAGAUUUAUAUACUGCCGUCAUACGAAAAAUAAAAUAUGUAGUUUAUUUUCAAUUUUUAAAAUAUGCUUCUUGUUACCGUAUGGCGGCAGAAUACGCGAUGCAGACUGAAGAUUUUUUUCUUUAUAUCAAUUUUUUUUUCUAUUUACCUACUUGUGAUGAUUAAUACUGUUUCUAAUUAGAAUAGAAACAGUAAAAUUGAAAGACAUUUUAAUAAUUGAUUUAAAAAAAAUCACAACUUAAUAAUCUAACUAUAGAUGAAUUUAAUGACAUACGAAGUUAUUGGAGAGUUUGAAUAUUAACAUUUACCAACCAAUUACCAAAUAUCUACAUUAAUUAAUUAACUUGUAUGCCAAAAAAAUAAUAGAAAUACAAAGAUCUAAGAGCCGUCUCCAUGAUAGAAAUUUGAAAAUUAUGUUCAGUCUGUAUCUAUCCUUGUCCGUUGUGUCUGUUAAUUUUGUGCACAUAGCUUGUAUAGUUUUAUUAUAAAAUGCAUGCCUUAUUAGUGAUUAAUUUCAUCACUGGUGGUAGAAAUUAUAUAUGUAUUUGUAUACUAACGUUAAUUUGGUAGUAUAGCAGCGGUAGAUUGUAAGGUACCAUUAUAUAUUUAAUUAAAAUAACAACACGUUCAGCUUUCUUUUUAAAAUAAACUGUUUUUUUUCUUGUUUGUUUUAUAAGUAAAAUAUAUUGUUUUAUGUGUACAAUUGAAAUACUAAAUAAUAAAAAAAAAUUCUUAAAGUUCGACCAAUUUAAGAAGUCACAUUUGACAUCUGUCAGCUAGAAUUGUCAAAAAAUGUCUUCUUUUGUUAGUAUUAUUAAUUUCAAAGAUUUUGGAGAAACUCCUUAUCUUUGAUUUUUUUUGUAGUCUGAUUUUGUAACAAUAAAUAUUGUACGCCCUCCGUUACAAGGUUUUUACAAGUUUUUAGGACAUUAUGAAUUUGGACGAAGUGUCAAAUGUGACCUGUUAAAUUGAUCCUACUUUAGUAGCGUACAUUUUUUAAAAUUUAUCUAUUUGCAAUAUUAAUUAGUAAAAUUAAUAAUUUCAACAAUUUCCUAUGUGUAAUCAAGAUCUGUAUCUGUAUAUAUGUAUAAAAAAUAUUGUAGACUAAUUUCUCGUAAUGAUUUAAUGAAAUAGAAUAGGUACCUUAUACCAAUGUAAAUUAAUCUUGGAAAUGAAAAAUAAUUAAUGAAAAUGG